AUGGUGAAGAGCAGCUCCAUCCGAGGUCGCCGGAAGAUCGAAAUGAAGAAGAUAGUGAAGAAGACUAAUCUUCAGGUGACAUUUUCUAAACGUCGUGCUGGGCUGUUUAAAAAAGCUAGUGAACUUUGCACGCUUUGCGGUGUCGGUGUUGCAAUCAUAGUCUUCUCCCCCGCAGGCAAGGUCUUCUCAUUUGGCCACCCUCGCAUCGAGUCCAUCGUCGACCGGUUUUUCACUCCGAACCCUUCGGGUCGUAAAUUUAUCGCACACCAUAACGUUAUCGAACCUCUUCGAGAUGCGAACAUCCGUGAGCUCAAUGCACAUCUAGCGCAACUUGUUGAGAUGUUUGAAGUUGCAAAAAGGAACGGGGAAGCACUUGAUGAAGUAAGGGAAGCUGGUAGACGGCAAUGGUGGUGGCAAGCCCCGGUUGAUGAACUCGGGUUGAGUGAGCUUCAACAGUUGAGAAAUGCACUCCAGGAGCUGAAGAGAAACGUUUGGAGACAAGUUGAUUUGCUGCCGGCCGCGGUUGAGUCGAGCAAUUGGUGGCCGUUUUCGGCCCCGAAUGGUGGCGGAAUUAGUGGUUUUGGCAGUGAAGGAAAUGAAAUGAAUGCUUCUUCUGGUAUUACUCAAAUGUAUAAUUUUGAUCAGGACCUAUAUGUAGAUUUUUGA